AUGGAGCGCCUGGCUGAGCUGUGUACCAUUGAGCACGCUCAUCGCGUCUACUUCAGAGGCUACCUGCGCGCCGGGUCCCACAUUUUGCCGGCUGCCAGUGCCGCUCAAGCGGCAUUGCGCAAGACCGAGGCGACUGAGCUGAGGGAGCUUGAUUGGCAGUUUUCAUGGCAGCGUCCCAAACCAGCAUCGUCAGCACCCUGCCAACUACCAGCACUGACAAGCGAUGAGAUCGUAAGACCUUUUGACAUCACAGCUGAGUGGAACGAAACUGGCGACAUGUCGAGGUCUCUGCCGAUCGCAACUGCGUCUGCGGGCCACGAGGCUUACCAGGAACAGGGCGAGCAUCUGAACCACGGUGUCCAUUACCAAGGCCUGGCUUUAGAAGCGAAUAUAAUGGCCUUGGCGCUCGACAAGGAUGUCUUGGAAUGCAUGAACAGCUGCAUGCGCAAGCUCGUUGAGGAUCCCCAUGGCUCCUCGAUCCAUGGGGAGGAUGUCGACCUCGUGUGGCUGCAGAAGGUGAUCGCACAAUUAGACGCAAUGUUCUCCUUAUGGCAUCGGAACGCAUGUGAGACACUCAGGGCUCUUGAGAAGCAGUUGAGUGCGAGACAGAACAGGCUGCCGGACCUGCUCGACUACGCCAGCCCCCUGCCCUCUAGGACCCACAACAAAGUCAAGGCGGCGCACCUCGUUAAGCACAUCCUCUCACGGCCCAUCGGUUCGGCUCCUAGCGGGGCGCCUGAUUGUGAGGACAUCGUCGGCGACUCUUCCUCUAGCUUCGUGCGGCCGAUGGACAUAUACCUGGAGCACAAGAUCAAGCGGCGACAGCAGGAAAGCAUAGAGUGGCGGGAGCUUCAAGAAGACUGGUGCGCUCUCUUCUGUCAGAUCGCAGAGAGACUGCAGAAGAUUUCUUCCAGACAGUCUUUGGACGCAGCUGCUGGGAACGCAGAACGUGAGUGCCCUCCAAUGGUACCGGGUUUUCCCGAUGAUAUCACGGAGGUGUACAGCGAGAGGGCCGUGUACUCCGACAUCUAUCUGCUGGAGCUCCUACGCGAGGCAUGUGGCCAGUUGAUUGAGGAUGAGCACAAUGUCCAGAGCGCCUGCAAGGCGCAUGAAGACUAG